AUGCCUGACACACAGACUCUCUCUCUCUUUCAUUAUAUUGGUUUCUCUUUGUUUCUUUUCACUUUUCAUUCUCUUUCCUUUCCAUCUUUAUUAGUUUCCCUGCAACUUAACACUUCUUUUAUUCUUUUCUCUCAUCUUCAUUUCGUUCUCUAUCUAUUUCUCACAUUUCCUUUCUUUCUUCCUCUUUCUUCAUCUCUUAAUUCCUCACCUCUCUGUCUUCUUCAUUAUCUAUUUCUUCUCGCUUUAUUUCUCUCUCUCUCUCUCUCUCUUUCUUCAUCACUCUCGCACUUUCGUAAUCUAAAUUUUCGUUCUCUUUCCUUGUCUCUUUAUCCUCUCUUUAAUUCUCUCUACCUUUCUUCAUUUCACUCUUUCUUAAUCUUCUUUUCUAAUUCACUUUCUUUGUCUCUUUCUCCUCUCUUUAUUUAUUUCUCUCUUUCUUCAUUUUUCUCUCUCUCUCUUAAUCUAAUUUUUUAUUCCAACGUUUUUAAUUUUUGUCCCCACAUUCUCUGUUUUUUUUUUUUUCAAUUUUUCUUCCGUCCUUUCUGUCUUCAUCCUUUUCUUCCUCAUCUUUCUUUAAAUCUUUCCCACUCUUUCUAUAUUUGUCUGUCUCCCGCCUUUUUAUACCACUCUCUACUACCUUUUCCUCUUUCUCUCACUUUUUUCGUUUCUUUCUCCCUCUCUUGCCUCACCCUCUUUUCAUUUUCCCGCUCCCUCUUUUACUUCGUCUCUCACUCUUUUUUUUCUUUUUUGAUUUGUUUGUCGCUCGAUAUUACGUGCUUUGCUUCUUUUUAA